UAUUAUCACAUUGUAAUGUGAUUUCAUUGAGCGCGGUCGGCAUCAUGACGCGCGAAAAAAUAUAUUAUUGUUUAGCAAUAUUUACAGUGGUUCUAUCAAGUAAUGUGCAUGGUCUAGAUAAGAGCAGUUUGACAUUCGUCAUAGAUGAUACUGGGUCGAUGGGGGAUGAUAUAGCGGCAGUGAAAGCGGGAGCUAAUGCUAUUUUUGAUACGGUUAUGAACUCAAAUUCUUCGCAAAUUGAAGAUUUUGUGCUGGUCACUUUUAACGAUCCAAAUGUCGUACACCGAGCUACAACGAGGGACCGUAAUAUUUUCAAAUCUGCAUUAGCAAGUAUAUACGUUAACGGAGGUGGCGAUUGUCCAGAGAUGGCCAUGCAGGGAAUCGAAUUAGCUUUAAUGCAUAGUCGACUGGGAUCCCUCGUUUAUGUUUUUACGGAUGCAAGUGCAAAAGAUCCAAUGAAAUAUGAAAGUGUAAAGCAACUUGCACAGAAAAAGCAGAGUCAGAUUGUAUUCGUACUGACUGGAGACUGUGGUGGUUGGGAAGGCAAUGAAGAAGUAUAUUACAAGUUAUCCGAGAAAACCGCUGGACAAGUUUUCCAUUUAGAUCAUAAAAGUGAAGUUGAAAAGAUUUUAUCGUAUGUUCAAACUCAAAUAAAUAGCAGAAAAACUAUAAUAGCCAACCCCACUUUUCCACCAGGGACACAUAAAUUCGAUUAUGAUGUAGAUAGUAAAAUGAAGGAGCUUGUCAUUUCCGUCUCCGGGAUGAAUCCUUCGGUAUCAGUAACGGAUCCUGAUGGCGAAAAGGUGUCAACAGAAGAUGUUGUGCAUACGUCACAGAUAGCGAUCGUGAAAGUGACUGAAGUCAAACCUGGGACGUACUCAGCUGAAGUGAGCAGCUCAUCUAAAACAUCCGUAGUAGUGACUGCUGAAACUACUGUCCAUUUCCAACACGGCUUCAGCACUGUCACACCGACUUCUAUUCGAGAAACUGCUACUAGACCUAUUCCAGGCGCGCUAUCGCAUUUAUCAAUUAAAUUGACCACUGAGGGUGACGGAGAUCUUAUACUCGAUACUGUGCAACUCUGGGACAUGGACAAUAAUGUGAUUAUGGAAAUGCCCCUUACACUUACAAAUAAAAAGGAGAAAUUCUACGUCAGUGACACUUUUGUCCCUCCGGAUAAGACAUUCAAAAUUGCGAUCAAAGCUCAUGAUCCAAGGACUAAAAAAGAAAUAACAAGAAUCAGUUUGACACCAAUAGAGCCACAAGUUAUAGAUGCGAGUGUGGCAAAUAAAGCGCCAGCAGUCACAACAGAAGAUGGGAAUAUGAUAAUUGUAGAUUAUAAUGAGCCUGUAUCACUAAAAUGUAAAAUUAGUGGCCAUCCAAAACCUGAUGUCGUUUGGGAGAAGAAUGAUGGAACAAUACUGACAUCAAAAUUAUCUUUAGUGGAAUUGCCUUACGAUUACAUAAGUGUCCUCAAUUUAGAACGAGUGAUCAGUAACAGCACUUAUCAAUGUAAGGCGAGUAAUGAUUAUGGAAAAGAUAGCAAAGAAAUUGCGGUCGAAACGAAGCAAUAUUUUAAUGUGUUGGUGAAACCAAAAGGUGGAGUAAUAAAAUUAAAUGACAAAGCAACAUUCGAAUGUAAAGUUGACGCUAAACCAACAGCUGAAAUCAAAUGGUAUAAAGAAGGCGAAGUAGUGGAAGAGGACAAGAAUUAUGAGAUAUCUGAUGACAAAUCUGAACUUAUUAUAAAUAGAAUGCUACCAGAAAAUGUUGGAAACUAUGCAUGCCUAGCAAAGAAUGCAUUUACGGGUCAAAUAUUUCACUUUGUUGUGAAAAUAUCUGACGUAGAACCACCAAAAAUUGACAAAACUGUCACGGAAAUUCGUGUGAAGGAAGGAUCACAUGUUGUAAUACCAUGCAAAAUGAUUCACCAUGGCAAUCCACCUGCAACAAUUAAUUGGUUUUUCAAACACGAGUCAGAUGACGAAGCGAAGAGAAUAGAUCAGACUGUUGGCGAAGAAACGAUAGAAAUUGAGGACGCAAGCCCGGCUUUUGUGGGCACAUAUCGAUGUGAAGCCGACAAUGGCGUUGGAGUCGACUUCGUUAACAUCGAUUUGAUUUUUGAUUAUCCACCGACGAUUUCUGGCAAGUCGAUUGACAUACUUGCCAAAGAAGGGGACAAAGUGAAGUUGCCUUGUCUAGUUGACGGGGAACCAACACCAACUGUGACCUGGUUAUACAACGAUACUGAGUUGGACUUGUCCAAAGUGCGGGGACAUUUCUAUAGCAACAGUAUAAGCUUCAGAGUGUCACAUGAAGAUGCAGGGGUUUACGUCUGCCGAGCUGUCAACGAAUACGGGUCAGUGGAAAAAACUAUAUGGCUUCACAUCGUCACUCCACCGAACAUCGAGCCUCCAAAAGAAAGUACCCUAAAUGUAAACGUGGGUGAUCAUUUGGCUCUUCCGUGUCGAGCUGAUGGCAACCCUAAGCCGAGCAUACGAUGGGUCUUCCAUAGUCUCGAUGUUAGAUCGCCAGCUUCUAAUCUAAAAGGCCAAGAAGCAACAGGCAUGCUGAUGCUACCGAGGAUCCAAGUUGAGAAGCAAGGAUACUAUACUUGUAUAGCAAGCAACACCGGGGGUUCAUCCAAUAUAACUUACGAAGUUAGAGUUUAUUCCCCACCGAACAUUGAAAACAUUUAUCCAGAAAAAACCUUCACAGCUGUAGUAGGGGAUCUGGUCAGGAGAGUGCCUUGUAAAGCCACUGGCAACCCCAAACCAGAUAUCACUUGGGUCAAAGAUGGCGUCGAUAAAGUUGCUGCAGGUACCGAAUGGUACGAUAUUGAAGAAGACGGUACAUUAGUCAUCAAACAUGUCGACAAAUUCUCAGCUGGCAUGUAUAUGUGCCAAGCCCACAACCGUUUGGGAUUCGAUAACGAAACUUAUGAAGUUGUGGUUGACGCAUACCCCAAGCCCGGAUCACCAACAAAGACUAUAUCACUAAAAGCUGGAAAUUCAAAUAAACUACAAUGUGACGUUCCACAUAAAAAGACUGACUCAGUGAGAUGGUUUAAGGAUGGUAUUCUUCUGUCUUCACUAGAAGAAUUACCUUUAACCAAUGUUGCUGCAAAAGAUUCCGGAAUCUAUACUUGUAGAGUGAGUGACUUUGCGAAAUCCAAAUCAGGAAAUGUUAUGGUCAAAGUUGGAUUUAAACCGAGAUUUUCUUAUGAAGAAGAGGAGAACAUUGAUUAUGAAGAAGGGAUGCUUGCUGUGAUGGAUUGUACUGCUGAAGGUGAACCUAAACCUGAGGUAUCUUGGUGGCAUGACGGAGUUCAACUAUCUACCAAAGAGAUGACACACGUCACGGAAAUGAAACCCGAAGUCAGGGGACAAUACUUUUGUUUUCUGAAAAAUUCAUUCGGUAAUAUAUUCCGAGGAUUUAACAUUGUGUCUCGAGAAUGUAUACUGGACAGCAAAACGGAUUUUACGCAAAACCAACCGCUCAUGGUAUCCCCUUCAAUGACUUGGCCUUCAUUUGAGAGUAACAAGGGUCAUAUUAAAAUACCUCCCAACGAAUAUAUUCGAUUGUCUUGCCCGGAUGGAUUCGAAAAAUUUAAUAAGAUUGAAAUGUUAGUUUCAUGCGAUAGGGAGACAAACUUCACUGUUGACGGAACGGUUCACAAAUUUUCGGAUUUCUCGUGCAAAGAAGAAAUUAAACCUGUGGUGAAAGGAACAGGAAAAAAUUGUUUAUUCAGCAAAUCCAGUUCAGAAGCCAUCAAAAUUGGUUACGAAAUCAGAGGAAGGUUUCUGGAAGUAUAUAAUAUCUGCUUGGAUAAAGACACGAAGACUCCUCUGUAUACGAACCACGUUAUUAACCACGGACUAUCAGGUGUUGACUUGAAGAGAACUCAAUGGCAUAAAAGUGAAUUGUUACCUUUCAAUUUCGACGAACUGUACAAUUGUGAGCUGCAACUGAAUACGAUUUCUUCAGUUUUGGGCAAGUGGUUCCAUAAAGAUGAUAACUGCUGCUUUUCGAAAAGGCGGCUGGUGAAUCCUCGGGAUGUGAUACCAGGGCUAUCUCAAGUCGCUACUUAUAGUCACUUGAAUAUUGUACCUCACUGGAGCACGUGUAAUUCUCAGAAUUGGGAGAGCAUAGAGCGAAGGGUCAGGCAACUGGCCAAAUCCACAGACCAGGACCUGCAGAUUUGGACUGGUGUUGCGCAGCAACUGCAAAUAUCCGAUAAGGACAUUAGCAUCUUCGAUCGGUAUAGUAAAUCACAGCCCGUACCUCGUUAUUUAUGGAAGGUAGUGAAAGACCCGACAACAUCGGCAUCUCUGGCGAUAAUCCAACUGAAUAUUCCUGACCUUACUUUGGCGGAAGCAUAUCGUCACAUGCUUUGCCGGGACCUCUGCAAUGAAGUCAUUUGGAUGAGAAACAAGCAUUGGCGUGACGUCGCUAAGGGCUACACAUUCUGUUGCUCGAUCCAUGAUUUUGAAAGAGCCUUUGGCUACGUCGGUGUCUUUGGCAAAAGCAACGGGAAGAUCCUUCAUGACGUGUCACUUUUACCUGAUCACAGUUUGACGUAAACUUUCUACAGUUGGAUAACAACCUUAGAUUAGCGCGUUUAAUACCCUCUUUAUGACUAAGUCAGUUAAUACGUUGAAUGCUGUAGGUGCGGCGCGAAUUAUAUCGCGGCCAUCGACCAAUAGCCGUUUGACGUCCAUCUAUGUAGAUAGCAUUCGUAUUGUUUAUUGGUCGAAGCGCUCAAUAUACGUAAUUCGCGCCGCGCGCAGUCUGGUUGUCAUGCAGACCCGGCAGAAAGUAAUGAAGAAAGGCAGCCGGCACAAAGAAAGAAUAUAGUAGCACUCGUUUACUAACUUAUUACUUGUUUUUUAUGUAUAACUGAUUGCCCAGUGUGUAUUAUUAGCUAUUCGUGUUAAAUAAGGACAAACUAGAGGAGCUCGGUGGCGCAGCGGUUAACGAGAGGAGCUCGGUGGCGCAGCGGUUAACGCGCUCGGUCUGCGAUUGUUGAAGUAAAGCAACUUUCGCAGAGGCCGGUCAUAGGAUGGGGGACCAAAAAAAAAAAAAAGUUUUCAUCUCGAGCUCCUCCGUGCUUCGGAAGGCACGUUAAGCCGUUGGUCCCGGCUGCAUUAGCAGUCGUUAAUAACCACCAAUCCGCACUGGGCCCGCGUGGUGGUUUAAGGCCCGAUCUCCCUAUCCAUCCAUAGGGAAGGCCCGUGCCCCAGCAGUGGGGACGUUAAUGGGCUGAUGAUGAUGAGAAGAUAAGAUUAUUGUGUAAGUAUUUUAGUAAUUAUUACUAUAUUCCUAGUCCUACAAAAUUUUAAUACAUACAUACAAAAUUUUAAACAA